AUGGAGACGCAAGAAAAGCCCACGCCGGUGUUCCUAUUUGCUCAUGGCUCGACCAUGAUGUUAGGAGAGGAAUCAGAGCCCGCUCGAAUCUGGGAGGAAGUAGGAAAGGAGGCCUUACGGCGCGGAAUCAAGCGGAUCGUGAUGAUGGGUGCCCACUGGGAAACUACUGGCGACGCCAUUGAAGACAGUAUGAACCCAAAUCCACAGAAGCUCCCCAUGGGUGGCGUCAAAGACAGCCGAUAUUUGCCCUAUAAAUUGGCCCCUGACCUCGAAGGAGGAGAAAGGGUGCUGAGCAUGCUUCGUAGCGCGGGGUUCAAUGCCAGAGCGGCUCCCAGAUUCGACUGGAUCCACGAUACCUUCCUAGUCAUCAUUCGCAUGUUUCCUCACUGCGUGCCGAUUCCCACCACGCUUGUUUCCAUGAAUGCUCGCUAUGACCCACACUUCCAUGUCAAGAUGGGAGCCACCCUACGUCCAUUGCGGUACGAAAAUACCCUUAUCAUCGGCAGUGGCGGGUCCGUCCACAAUCUGUAUCGAAACCACUGGGAGCAUAUGUUCCGCUUCAGUGACAACUUCGCCCAGCCAGUUCCGCCCGAUGCCUGGGCCUUGCAAUUCCGCCAGGCUGUGGAAGAUGUAGUCAUACACAAUACUGGGCCUGCCCUGCGCCGUGCAAUGUCCCGCUUGAUGAAGCACCCGCGGUACCGAGACGCUCAUGGCACCGAUGAUCACUGGAUGGCUUCCCUGUUUGUUGCUGGAGCUGCAGGAAGGGUAGGAGACCAGGGCCCAAACAUGAUGCUGGGAGAAUGUUGGGAAUUGGUCAACAUGUGUAACACCCAAUACCAAUUGGGAUCGUGGGACUGA